AGAGAUCGCCGCCGGCCGUCAAAUCCCCCACCCUCGCAGUCAGCCUUGUUAAAGCUCCUUCUUCUCAAGGCAUGUUAUGCUCCGAACCUUCAUGCGAACAAUAACACGAGCCAUGGCCUCCCCCGAGCCCGCACGUGUGCCCAUCCCCAAGAAUGGCGUCGACUACCGCGGCAAAGUAGUGCUUGCGCCAAUGGUGCGCUCCGGCGAAUUGCCCUCACGACUGCUGGCGCUCAAGUACGGCGCAGACCUGGUAUGGGGUCCCGAGACAAUUGAUCGCGCCAUCAUCGGUACCACAAGGCGUUUCAACCCGCACACGUCGACGCUCGAGUUUACACGCCUACCUACGUCUAAGAUAAAGAACCCGACCCUCGACCCCGACCUCCGCGAGAGCGUCAUAUACCGCAUACACCCCGAGUUGGAGAAGGGCAAGCUCAUCUACCAAAUUGGUACGGCAAACCCCGAGCUCGCAGUCCAAGCAGCCAAGAUUGUCGCAGCAGAUGUGGCUGGGAUCGAUGUCAAUUCAGGUUGCCCCAAGCCAUUUUCUACCUCUGGCGGAAUGGGCGCGGCGCUUCUGAGAACACCAGACCUGCUCUGUGACAUCCUCACAAAACUCGUUGAAGAGGUGGGCAAGCCAUUCGAGAUUGGCAUCAGCGUCAAGAUCCGCAUCCUCGACCAGCCAGAAGACACUGCUGCCCUGGUAAAGCGUCUAGUCCGCACCGGUAUCACCGGCCUCACCGUCCACUGCCGCACCACACCCAUGCGACCUCGAGAGCGGGCGAUACGCGACCAACUCAAGAUGAUCGGCGAGAUAUGCAGAGAAGCCGGCGUCGCCUGCGUCAUGAACGGCGACGUAACCUCCCGCACCGAAGCCCUCAAGCUCAUGCAAGAAUUCUCCGUCGACGGCGCCAUGAUCGCCACCGAGGCCGAAAAAAAUCCCAGCUGCUUCCGACCCGACGCCGAAGGCGGGCCCCAUGAAUGGCGCUCCCAGUGGAAAACCGUAGUCACAGAAUACAUGCGCUUCGCCCUCCAAGUCGCAAACAGAUGGGGGAACACCAAAUACCUCCUCGGCCAAAUGAUUCCUGGUAAAGAAAAAGCGUACGCUGCGAUGAAUAAGUCGAAGUGUUAUACCGAUGUUAUCAAAGCGCUCGGGCUGGAUAAGGUAGAUGAUUUGUUGGCGCAGGCGGAAAAAGUGGAUGAGCACCUUGGUAUUCCGAUCAGUGAGUCUAGAGCAUCGAAGCGCGCGAGGGUUAAGGAGGCGAUUAAGCCUGAGGGGGAGGCGAAGGAGCAAGGGGGGAAGAGAAAGGAGAGGGAGGGCGAGGAACCAGAGGCUAAGCGGAUUAAAGUACCGGAGAUGGAGGUGGAGACGGAGGCGGAACCGGAGGUCAGUGUUACGCAGGCGAACGAGGUUUUGGUUCCGGCUGCUUUGAGUGUUUAGGCUUCCUUGUCUCGUGUCCUUUCCUCUCUAUUUCUUUGGGGGCAGUUUCUGUGUAUAUCAUAACGUACGGGGGAGGUGUGGACAUGGGGAGUGCAUUGGUAGGCGUAUUCAUAUAGCAUUUCGAAAUAUUUAGCCCGACGAUACAAAGCAAUUUACGGAUAUUAUGGAAAUUCUGGGUUGUGGUUUUUUCUGCGACACCGAGUAUCGGGUUUUCGAGUCUUGUAGUGCUUUGCCCGAGGAGUGGAGCGCUGACGUUGAUCGAGGUGGAAGAACUGAGUGUUUAGAGGUUGUAUAAGGGGCUCGAAGGGCU